CCGCCGAAACACUCCCCCACUUUACAGGCGUCUCUGGAAACCUCGAAACCGUUCCCUUGGAGAGAAAUUGUUCGGCUUCCGAGAAAAAAAAAACAGACAAAAAGAAAAUCGCUACAAAAAUCUCUGUUCACCUCAUAUCUUCGAUCAAUCCUUCAUCCUUUCCCUUUCCAUGGAACAAUCUCCUUCUCUGGAAGAUUGCUUGAAGCUCUUGAAAGGCGAAAGGGAUGAACAACGACUCGCAGGCCUGCUCCUUGUCACUAAAUUUUGCAAGGGCGACGACAAUGCUGCCCUUCGUAGGGUUUACAAUGCGGUCGGAAUUGGGUUUCUCGAUCGCCUGUUAAGGACCGGGAUGGGGAAAGGAACUAUUAGUAGCAGUGGAGGUGACAACAGAGAUGCAUAUUUGCAACUAUCAGUUACUGUUCUUGCUGCAUUCUGUCGUGUUCCGGAGAUUGCUUCAUCUGAAGAUAUGGUCUUAAAGAUCCCUUUGAUAUUGGAAAUUUUGUCCAAGCAAUCAGGCUCACAUGUUGUUGAAGAGUGCUACGAAUUUUUAUUUCUUGUGUCUACUUCUUGUGAAGAUGGAGUCUCAGCAUUGUACAAAUCUGGAGGCUUAAGGGUGCUAGCUUCUCAAAUGUCUACUUUGGCAGAUGGUUCGCACUCACAGGAACUGGCUAUGAAACUUGUGCAGUUGAUGCUUAGUACAGUGUCCCUGGACAUCAUUAAUAAUGAAUAUUCAUCAGAACUGUCAAUGAUGGUGGCUGUAAUAGCAAGGGAAUUCGCUGUGUUGCAUGACGCCCUGAAAUUUGAAGCACUCCACCUGCUUUCUGCUAUCCUCUCCUCAAAAUAUUCUGCACCAGUGCAUGACACUCUUCGCAUAAUGUCAAAUGACAUUUGGUCAACUUAUGUGCGAAUUGGUAUUGUGGCCAUUUUACAGAAUCGUGUUGCACCUGCUGAAAAGCUUCAGGCUUUGAUCCUGGCAGAGUCUGUGAUAUCUAUACUGGGGGAGAGGUGGCUGCUUGGUCAGAUGAACUUAUCUGAUGCAAAAGACUCUGUUCCUGCUGACCGGUGUCUUUUACUCGUCUUAGAGUCAUCGAGGGUUGAAGUUGCUGUUUUGUUGAAUGAGCUUGCCUACCUGAAAUAUGAAACUUCUAAUAACUCUUCAUCCAAUGCUGAAAUAAUUCCUUUAAAGCAACGGAACCUGGCUAUUGCUUUUUCUUUGAUAGAGAAGACAAUUAAGCUUAUCUCAAAUGUAGUUGAAGAUGAAGUGAACCCGAUUGAAGAAAACACUUUGUCGAAGGUUAUCUCUGGGCUUAAUGAGACAGUUGGUGUAGUUUUAGAGUAUUUACAAGAUGCAAAGGAUCAUGGACAAAAGAAAGGAGAUGAUCUCCUUGCUUCAGUGCGGCUUAUUGGGAGCUAUCUUGCAGAAACACCCCUUGCUUGCAGAGAGAAGGUUAGAGAACUUCUGGAGUUUAUGCUCUCGAUUGAAGGUGAAGAUGAACCAAGACCUUUUUUCUCCAUAUGCUUUUUACUCCCAAUGCUAUGUCAAAUAACAAUGGAAAUUGAAGGAUGCAAAAUUUUGGUAUCUUGUGGAGGACAAAAAGCUGUUGUGGAAUGCCUCAUAAAAUUGAUUGGUCCAAAUGGUUGUAUGAUUGAGGAUAAGGGUUGCAUAUUCUUGGCGUGUGAUACAAUUCUGAAUCUUCUUCUCAAGAGAGAUCAAAUUAAAUUUCGAUUGGACGAAUCUACUUCUGUUCAUCUUCUGAAAGCAUUAGCAUAUUGGACAGAGGAAACUGAUGAAUCAUCUGUAGUUAUGAUGGCCUCAAGCAUUUGUUCUCUGAUAUUUGAUCAUACAUCAGAGCAGGCUCUUCUAAAUCAUCCCAACAUUGAUCAUAGCACUAUUGCUAGUCUGUCUCAGCUCAUCGUGAGAAGUUUGGCUACAUGUGCGCAGAAUAUGGGUGAUGAUAUGAAAUCAGACUUGGAUCUUCUUGACAUUGUUACUGCAGGAUAUUCUCGAUGGUCCCAUAGGUUCCCCCAUAUAAAAGCAGCAGUUGGGAGAUUGAGUUAAUCAUCCUUGAAAAUAACAUUUUGGUCUUCCCUUAACCACGCAGACUUGGUGCCUGGUAUGAGUUUGAACUCUUUAGGAAUCACCACACUGCUCCUGCUGUUGCCUUGUCUUCUCCUCUCUGCAUGUUUGAAUGGGUGAAGAGAAAUUUAUGUAUACUAUUUCAUAUUCAGGUGAAAAGAAAAUUCUCCCUCCACCGGUACAUAUACAUGUUAUAUGUUAAGCUUUUUAACAUAAUUUGCAAUGGAAUCAACAUACUCAAUCUCAAAAAAGGGUCUUCAUGGUUUUCUAGGAUCCUUUGGAAGCUUCUAGAACC